AUGACGUCAAACACAAAAUGGAUGUGAGCGAGUCGCGCGGAGGGGAAACGCGGAGCGCGCGAACACGGGCUGAGAUGGAGUCUUUGGUGCACUACAGUAGCCCUGGCCAUGCCAUCUCAAUACUGGGCGUCCUAAAUGAGCAGCGUUUGAGGGGUCAUCUCUGUGAUGUGGUUCUAGUGGUCGGAGAGAACCGCUAUCAGGCUCACAGAAGCAUCCUGGCAGCCAGCAGUGAGUAUUUCCAGUCUCUGUUUUCCAGAAGGGACUCGGAGAACCGUGCAGUCAUCCACCUGGACUUCUGCGAGCCUGAUGCCUUUGAAAUUGUGCUGAACUACAUCUACUCCUCGUCCCUGUUUGUGGACAAAUGCAGCCUGGCUGUCGUACAGGAGCUUGGCUACAGCUUGGGCAUUCCCUUCCUGACUAACAUCAUGUCCACCAGGCCGCAGGUGUCUUAUUGCGUGUCCAGAAAGAGGCUGUCUUUCUCCGAAGAGGACGACGGCGUGUACCCGAAUAGGAGUGUUAUAGUACGCCAAAGUGGGAUGGGUGCCACUCACAGAGGAACUUUCUCAAACUUGCAGGGAAAAGCACCAAAACACACAGACACAACCUCAAACGAGACUCCACCUGCUCAAGCUUUCCGAGAACAGACUCACCUUUCCUCAGGAUACGUCGAACCAAAUGAAAUGGGGACGAAUGUCCCACCUGUUAGCACAAUUGCUAAUGCACAGUCAGAGGAUGGUGACUCCAAACCUAUCAUUUCUUCCCUUCCAUCCAUCCUCAAAGGCCAUGAGUACAGGUCACCCUCUGGAAGGCCGCAGUUGACCUCCUCGGUGUCCUUUAGUGAAUCUGUACAGCUUGCCGGCUUGCACUCUGAUCAUACCGAUGACAAAACUGGAGUGGAAAAGGUGGAACCUAUGUACGAUUCAAAGCCAGUUUCUGGAAGCCAGCACGGUCUGCAUAACCAAACCAUAGACAGGAGUGGGCCGCUCAUUAAAAGCUUGCUGAGGAGAUCCUUGUCCAUGGACAGUCCGGUCCCUGUAUUCUCUCCGGUUUUGGAGCUAAAAGACUCUCAGAGCAGAGAGCAGUCUGUUGUAAAAUUAGCGAUGACGAAAACAUCAGGGUCACCAUCACCUGAAAGCAAGCAUCAGGUUUCCAAACAUAUGCCACCCCUCAUUCUCAGGUCCAAACAGCAUAAUGCGCUAGACAAGGAAGGCACUCAGGGAGCUGAGGUACAAGUUAAAACAGAGCCCAGCAGCCCACUCGCUGACCCCUCAGAGAUCAUACGUAUCACCGUAGGGGACAAUUUACCGGUCAGCUUCAAAGAUUUUCAAACUAACUUUGACGAAGGCCCUAGAUACUUCAGUCCUUCGAAAAGGAAGAUGAAGCUAGAUGGUACCUCCAACCCGUGCAAGAGAUCCAGGGUCUUAAAUGAACACCAGUUUAUGCAUGACGACGGCACAUCCGGUGAAACCCCUCACAACUCCAACGUAGACGAAAGCAAUCAGGAACCAGGGGAGCUGAGGCCUAGCAAGAUGUUCAAAUGCUGGAGCUGCCUGAAGGUGUUCAGGUCAAACGCUGGUCUGUACCGGCAUGUCAACAUGUACCACAAUCCGGAGAAGCCGUAUGCAUGCGACAUUUGCCACAAGCGCUUCCACACCAACUUCAAAGUGUGGACGCACUGCCAAACACAGCACGGUGUGGUCCAAAACCCUGCCCCGUCAUCCAGCUCUUACUCCGUGCUGGACGAGAAGUUCCAGAGGAAGCUUAUAGAUAUUGUGCGAGAGCGGGAGAUCAAGAAAGCCUUGAUAAUGAAGCUCAGGAGAAACAAGCAAGGUCUGCAGGCACAACCUUUUGCCAAGAAAAACCGAAGGUCUAGAUCUUACGGGUGUCCCUAUUGCGGUAAAAUGUUCUUUUUCCAGUCGCAUUUCAAACUGCAUAUGAAAGUACAUACAGCAGAGAGAGCUAGCAUUGAUGCACAAGAUGAUGAUGAUCUACAUGAGAGGCAGGACCAAGCUGGGCAUGUCAAGGAGAACCAAAACAAGGAUGUGUUUCCCUGUAGGUUGUGCAAUCAGAAACUGCUCUCUCUGGCAGAGCUGGAGGAUCAUGAGAGAGCUUGCAGGUAUGCAACGGUCUGCCCUUACUGCGGCCUUAGAUUCUCCAACACGUUGGUGAAAAAGGACCACGAGGCCCACUGCAAGUACAAGAAGCUGACCUGCCUGGAGUGCAUGCGCACGUUUAAGUCAUCUUUCAGUAUAUGGCGGCACCAAGUAGAAGUUCACAACCAGAACAUGAUGAACGUGAGGGAGCAGCUGACCCAAGGCCACCAAGAUGUUAACCGGGAAGCUGGGGAUGCCCUAAGAUCUAUACCGCCGCCGUCUAAGGAGUCCAUGGCACGGGCCGAUUUGAACAGAGAAGAAGCAGCGUACAGCGACUCCUCAGCUCCCGCUACCUUCGAUUCCGAGGAUUCUUCGUCUUAUGUCCCAGAGGAUUUGAGCACAGGUCCGAGUGAGCUGAGGGUAAAAGAGGAGCCGCAGGAAGCGGCAGUAACAGACGGGGAGCAAACCACUGCCAAACCUGCACCCUUGGAAGAGGCAGGUGUCUGGCCUUGUGAAAAGUGUGGCAAACUCUUCAGCUCCCACAAAGACCUCGAACGGCACCAGGAGCUUCUCUGUCACAUCAAGCCCUUCAUCUGCCACAUUUGCCACAAGGCGUUUCGGACCAACUUCCGCCUCUGGAGCCACUACCAAUCCCACAUGUCAUCCUCGGAAGAAUCGGGGACCAGACAGGUGGACAGACAGCCCUCGUCUCCUUCCACCCCAUCUCCGCCUCUGACCAUCGCUAUCCAGGACCCUCCAGCUUCAAGAGCAUCCCCACCAAAAGUGACCCAGGCUGCAGUGACCAGCUCAGAAGAGGAAUCCCGACGGUCCAAGUCUCCAGUGUCCAAGCCUAAUAGGUUGGAGCAAGAAAAGUCAGAAAACGGAAGUGGGCAGCAUGCUCUUGGCCGUUCGGAUAGCAUGGACAAGCCAGUAGCUUCUCAGGAAUCAGACACCCUCUUCUAUCAUGCCCCAACACUGUCUGCCCUUACCUUUAAGAGGCAGUACAUGUGCAAGCUUUGCCACAGAACCUUUAAGACUGCCUUCAGCCUGUGGAGUCACGAGCAGAGCCACAGUCAUCUGUGAGGGUUAGAGUUCAGACUAACAGUGGAGAUGAUAUUUAAGGAGUUAUCUCAGAGUGCCGGGGGUGUUUCCCAAAGCAGGAUUUCUUGUUAAGCUGCAUAGCUUAAGGAAAAAGUGAGGAUUGUCCAGUAGGACUAACCUUGACCUCACCUUCUACUGGGCGGGCUUGACUUUUGCCUUAAGUCAUCAUGCUAAUUGUGAUCAAAUCACCAUAAACGGAGGUCAUUCUUUCUGGCUGUGGGCUCACGUCCAGACGUAGAGCCUAGGUCAGAAUAUGGCUUUGGAAUAUACAUGUACAGUCUCAGUGUGCACAAGACCUCCAGAUGAAUCAGUUCCGUGAAAAGAAACGUCCCUCUGAGUACAAAUAUAACUGAGACGACGCACUUUCCUGCUGUUAUUUGGGCAUCAUCGGUCAACGAACAACUCUGUGAGAUGCAUGUACUUUUACUCUCUUUUCUCUCCUUCGCGUUUCAGACUUGCUGUCAGGUUUUCCAAAAUGUACUAUACUCUACAGGUCUGCUUAGAAACCUGCAAUAACUCUCUGUUCAAAAGUGCUUUGCAUAGGAUGUGCAGGAGUUUUAGUGGCCUUUACCUUUCUUCUGUUCAUUCGCACUUUUAUCAUGUAAUUCCAAAAAAGUCUUUGUUGCGCUCAUUCAGCAGUAAAAGAUCCAAAUUAGAUCCAAAUGACUAUCAUUCUCAUAGGCAGUAUUCAGUGGGUGAAGUUAUGGUCGAUACAGUCGUAUGCAAAAGUCUGAACACCCCCAGUCAAACGCCAGGGAUAAAUAUGGCAUUUUCUUGUGAAUUUUAGUGCACAAUUUCUUUUGUCUAGGCUGAGUUUAACAUAUUGGGGAGAAAAAAAUAACAAACAUUCCCUCCAGUGUGUUAAAUUCAGUAUAUAAACGGUAACUUUGCCUUAAAAUGCGCAGUUCUCUAUACGGGAUGUGUCUUAUUUUCUUGUAGUAAAUGUAGUUUGGCCAGGGGCGCACAAACUUUUGCACAAACGACCGAAUCAACAGACCACACAGAGAAAUGAUCACGCUGUGCUCCUGCUUUUCUCAAAGAUUUGGACUAAAUGAGAUUUUAUUAUUUACGUCUAUAAAAUGCUUUUGGGUUGCCUUAAUACACACGUAAAAAUAAUGGUUCUUUAAGGGUUCUUUAGUAAGAAAAAAAAUGUGUAUAGAACCAUGAACACUCAGAGAACCCUUUGCAUGAUUAAAGGGUUCUUUGCAAACUGAAAGGUUCUUCAGAUUGAUGGAGAAUGUGUUGCAUAUGGUUCUAUCUAGCACGUGGUUAGCAUCAUCUGUUAUUACAAGCUUGAUAUUGUAACGAUAGCAACAAUAGAGCGCUUUUCGGUGCUAUGCAGAACCCUCUUCAGAAAGGGUUCUUUGCAUCAUGAAAGGGUUCUUCAGAUUGAUGGUCAGUGAGGUGUAUAUGGUUUCAUAUUGCACCACAAACGGGUUCUUUUGUUGUUACAAGCUUCACAUUGUGACAGCGGAACACUUUUCGGUGCUAUGUAGAACCCUUUUCAAAAAGCUUGAACACAUGCUUCAUCGAUCGGGGGAACCCUUUCACACGCUUAAAGGGUUCUUUGAGUCUUCAUAAUGCUGUAUAAAACGUCUGUCUUUACUGAAGAACCCUUGAAAAGUUCUUUUUUUUUUUUUAAGCGUUUACAUAAAAUUUACAGAUUUUUAUUUAAAGUUAGGAAGUUUUGUAAAAUCGCUUCCCACCAAGUAGUUUAAUUUCAUAAAUCCAACCGAAAUGUGCAAGGGUCAAGGUUCUAGAUGUGAGAGGCACAGGAUAUGAGAACCUGUUAUUGUUUUUUUUUUUUUUAUUAUUAUUAUUAUUAUUUUGUGCACAUUUACAGAUCCACGAAUCUUACACACAGUUUCUUGUUAGGCUUAAUUAUUUGUUUUGUUUUUCUUCAAUUUGUUGAUUUAUUUUAAAAUUUGUGCUCUUGGACACUUUAUAGAGUUUCUCAAUAGUUGAAUUCAGAACUUUGUGGAGUUUAUUCAGUGAUUGUAUUGAACAAAUAGAAGACUUUAUAUGUACAAAGAGGCCGGUAGGGAGUGAAGUUCUGUAAGCUGCGUUAAGUGAAGUGCAGUGUACACGAUUCCCUCGUAACCGUAUGUACAGAACGUGCAGUAUCUGUGGGAGUUCUCUUCUUGUUAUUAACGUUAUUAGAGUUGGAGUGAGCCUUAGGACAUUCGCACUCUAUCGGUACUGUAUCAGUACUUCAGCCGCACUGUAGUGUAAGGGUUCCUUACUAAAGUAAUACAGUAAUUAGUCGAGUCAUGAUGCAAGUUGAUGGUAAACUACAUGGUUUAUGGGUUUCUUAUAUAAAGUACCUCAUCUAUGCCUGAUUAAUCUAAGAGUUUUAAAAGCUAUCAAAGCACAAGGGGCUUUAAAUCUGUUUUUGUUUCCAGAAUUUUCUCAAAAUAAAGGAAUAUCUAGCAUUUUUUAGCCUGAUGACCACCGCCUGCGUCUGUAGGGUCAGUGGCGUUCUAGCAACUGCCUAUUGGCUUCUACACCGAUCAGUCAUAACAUACUGACCACCUCCUUGUUUCUAAGCUCAUUGUCCACUUUGUCCACUCCACUUACUGUAUAGCUGCACUCUGUAGUUCUACAGUUACAGACUGUAGUCCAUCUGUUUCUCUGAUAC